UUUUUUUUUUUUGAAAGGACAUAAACAUCACUUUUACUGUUAUAGUAAAUAGUGAAUUGUAUGAAAUCACCUUCACGCUCUUUGUUCAGCCGACUCUGACGGCUACGCUGUUCACUCACUCACUCAGAUCAGAUCUGAUCUCAUCUCUCGCUCUCCAAUUCGCAGGUGAAAAUGGCAGAAUCAAAACCAGGAUUGAGGAAGCCUGUAUUCACUAAGGUUGAGCAGCUCCGCCCAGGCACUGGUGGCCAUACUCUCACUGUCAAGGUUGUUAGUGCAAAGAUGGUAUUACAGAAGGGUCGAGCUGAUGGUCCUCAAGUACGCCAAAUGAAAAUUGCUGAAUGUUUGGUCGGGGAUGAGACUGGAUUGAUUAUCUUCACUGCUAGAAAUGAUCAAGUGGACUUGAUGCAAGAGGGUACUACUGUGAUCCUUCGCAAUGCGAAAAUCGACAUGUUUAAAGGAUCAAUGAGGCUUGCUGUGGACAGGUGGGGCCGUGUUGAAGUCACUGAACCUGCUGAUUUCACUGUGAAGGAAGAUAACAACCUAUCGCUGAUUGAAUAUGAACUUGUAAACGUCGUUGAAGAAUGACUUGUGAAUGGUGUUUGCUACUCAGCUAUGACAGGAGAAUAAAAAACAACUCCAGAAAAAGCAAAUCACUGUUAGAGGACAUAUUAAAUCCAAAAUGCUUGUGAAAGUUCAUUUAGGAAAGAGGAUAUCUGCAAGCUAAUACUGCUCCAGUUGCUCUUACUCCCUAUUUAUUUGUGAACAGUUGUUGAUCUUGCACUACUAUGUCAUGAUAGAUAUAAAAAUGAUCGAAAGUAUGUUCGGUUCUUGCA